UAGAUUCUCAGCUAGUGGUGCUCUGUAGUAAGAGAAUGAGAACAUUUGGUUCAGUUGAGUGUAUGUCCUGUCCUUGUAGGUUUGAUUCCAGAUGGAUGAUUUACUGCUGGGUGGCUGGUGAAGUGGCUGCUGAGCUAGGAGUCGAGUAGGCUGGAGGAAACCCCAAAGCUAUGUGCAAAUGUGUGAAGACCCAGUCAUCCAUGCCAUUAUUAUGAGCCCGUCCUCCCCUCAGCAGCCCCCACUGGUAAGUGUCUCAUUCUAGCGUUCUACCUUCUAAUAUUCCUGACAGGCUAAUAUCAGUCCAUUUACUGAUAAUAUGAUGCAUUCCCCUUUGUAAACAGAAGAAUGGACUUCCUGUGGGGGUUUGCUUGGUAGUAGAUAUGCCCCUAUAGGUGCAAACUUUCCAAGGGUCAUGUGACUUCCAGUCUGGUGUCAAUAACCCAGUUUUUUUUAGAUAUAUAUAUUUUUUAACCAGAAACCGCAACAGACGCUGUCUGAUAAUUAGGCAGACACAGUGUGUGUGUGUGUGUGUUUGUGUGUGUGUGUGUGAGAGAGAGAGAGAGAGAGAGAGAGAGAGAGAGAGAGAGAGAGAGAGAGAGAGAGAGAGAGAGAGACAGAGGAAGGAAGGAGGGCAGGCGGGAGAGAGAGAGGUAUAGAGAGUGAGAGAGACAGAGAGAGAGAGAGAGGAAGGAAGGAAGGUAGGAAGGAAGAGAGAGAGAGAGAGAGAGAGAGGUAUAUAUAUAUAGAGAGAGAGGUAGAGAGAGAGAGGUAUAGAGAGAGAGAGAGAGAGAGAGAGAGAGAGAGAGGUGUAUAUAUAUAUAUAGAGAGAGGUAUAUAGAGAGAGAGGUAUAUAUAGAGAGAGAGGAGAGAGAGAGAGAGAGAGAGAGAGAGAGGUAUAUAUAGAGAGAGGUAGAGAGAGAGCGUGAGAAUAGAGAGAGUGAGAGAGAGAAGUUCUUUCUCAUUAAGCGACCAACCAGGUUCAGCUUAGCACACUGUCUGAACACACACACAGAGCGACAGCUUAGCACACUCUGUCUGAACACACACACAGAGCGACAGCUUAGCACUCUCUGUCUGAACACACACACAGCGACACACACACAAAUAAAAAGCAGAAGUGGUGAGAGGCACAGGGUUUGGGGCAACGUGGUUGGCUAUGGCUCACGGCUCUGACAGCGAUGACUCCAAUUACACCAAGUCUCCUUCGCCAGCGGGCAGCAGGCGGGGCUCCUCAGACAACAUAAAGAAAGUAAUGAGAAGAGAGAAGAACCGUAUCGCUGCCCAGAAGAGCAGGAUGAGACAGACCCAGAAGGCAGACAGUCUACACCUGGAGAGUGAGAACCUGGAGAAGGAGAACGCGGCUCUGAGGAAGGAGGUGAAGAAACUCAAAGAAGAAGCCAAGUAUCUCUCCUCUGUCCUGACUACCCAUGAGCCUCUCUGCACUGGCCUGCCCCCCCAGAUGACCCCGGACCUCAUCUACUCCCCCCAUCAUCACUCCGUCUCCCCCCACCAUCACGGGAGCAAUGUCUUCCACCACCAGCACAGCAUCGCUGUGUCGCACUUCCAGCACUGAUCACCACCGACCACCAGGUGGUGCUGAAGAGAAGCGGGAGAGGUUUACUGACCUUGAUAUAGUGGGUGAAGAGAGCCACUUGAACUAGCCUCGCUAAACCAGGUCAGUCUGGUUUCAAGAGGCUACACUUGAGCAGGAUGAAGUUAAUGAAUGGUUUCUUUGUUUCAACGGGAACAGACAGCACUCAUGAAUGAUGUCUUUGCAUCAGAUCAACAAUUUUCUGAUAUUAAAAGAUGACAAAGGCUUCUUUUACACAGGCAGCCAAAUUCUGAUCUUUUGCCCAAUUAUUGUAAAAAUGUCUGAUUGGUCAAAAAAAUAAUUAAUGACAAAAGAUCAGAAUUGUGUAAAGGCACAUAGAUGGUAAUUUCCAAUGUAUGACUCGACCAUAGAAUCAAUACCUUGACUAUGCCAAUAGUCAACAUCUACAGGACAUAAAACCAGCAUGAUUGAAUGACUUUUUUAUUGUACUAUUGACAUUUAUACAACAAUGAAAUGAUUCCGUGUUUACGUUUCAAGUCAUUUAUAUAUGCUUAUUACAAUGCUUUGCCUCUAGGACUGGGACGAUACUAGUAUCACGAUACCUGUUAGUAUUGUGGCAAGGGAACAAAACACAAAGCAGAUUUAACUUCUUUAGUAAAACAGUCUUAAUGUUGGAAACGAACAUCACUAUGUUAUCAUCCAGAGUCACAUGUAGUUAUUUUCCAGGCUAUAUCACAACAUAUGUUCCAUACAGCAGGUUUAGUACCAGGCUAUAUCACAACAUAUGUUCCAUACAGCAGGUUUAGUACCAGGCUAUAUCACAACAUAUGUUCCAUACAGCAGGUUUAGUACCAGGCUAUAUCACAACAUAUGUUCCAUACAGCAGGUUUAGUACCAGGCUAUAUCACAACAUAUGUUCCAUACAGCAGGUUUAGUACCAGGCUAUAUCACAACAUAUGUUCCAUACAGCAGGUUUAGUACCAGGCUAUAUCACAACAUAUGUUCCAUACAGCAGGUUUAGUACCAGGCUAUAUCACAACAUAUGUUCCAUACAGCAGGUUUAGUACCAGGCUAUAUCACAACAUAUGUUCCAUACAGCAGGUUUAGUACCAGGCUAUAUCACAACAUAUGUUCCAUACAGCAGGUUUAAUACCAGGCUAUAUCACAACAUAUGUUCCAUACAGCAGGUUUAGUACCAGGCUAUAUCACAACAUAUGUUCCAUACAGCAGGUUUAGUACCAGGCUAUAUCACAACAUAUGUUCCAUACAGCAGGUUUAGUACCAGGCUAUAUCACAACAUAUGUUCCAUACAGCAGGUUUAGUACCAGGCUAUAUCACAACAUAUGUUCCAUACAGCAGAUUUUCAAAUGACCAAAGAAUCUGAUCUGGUUCGUGUUUUCCUUUUUUUUUGCCAUAUAAAUAAAUAUCACAAUACUGGUAUCAUCCCAGCCUUUAGUUUUAUUUGUGUGCAUUUCUCAUGUUCUACCACUAUUGCAUAUGACUGAUUGGAGCAUUGAAAAAUAGCUUGGAUUACUCAAUGAUGUGUACAUUAUCUGACUAUUUUCUCACAAAACAGCUGCUUUUCUAGUCCGAUUUGAAUACAUGUACAUUCUGCCUAAAGUGAAACAGUUUGAAAAUAACUUUGUUAAACUCAAGAGUCUACGUUCGAAUCAUCUUGAAUUCGUUUUUUUUUUUUUUUAAAAGACUAUUUUUUUAAUGGUCACAAGGUGGUGUCGUGUACCUACCUAUAUGUAAUUAAGGGUAAGCCUUGUUAAGGAACCGUAUGUAUUGUAUACUCUGAUAUAAGUGAUUAUCUUAUAGACUGGUACUGAGACAGGACAUAAUAAAGGUGAAAUAAAUAAAAUAAAUAAAAUAAAUACAGGUUUAGUUUACCAUCA